ACUUGAUAAAUUUAGCGAAAUGAGGCACAUAUUGGUAAAUUUUAUGAAAAGAUUCAACCAACUGGUUCUACAAAGCUAAAGAACAAAUAGGACUUGUUAAACAAAAGCAAGGCCAAGAGAAGAUUUACAAAACUAAAAGCCUUUCUCAGCAAGGCACUUUGGUGACUUUAAGAACAUCUGCACCAACAGUUUGUCAUAUUGGUGGCUUUGUAGACUGCGAUACAGGUGGGCAUUUCCCUGACGACAUCAGCGGUCGCUGAUGGCAAUGUUCCCAUACCUUGCGAAGUACAGGGUUAUUUAUGUGUCUAUAUACACCUGGCGUCUCUAAUAUAUAAGUACAGCCCGUAGUCAAAAGACAAGAUAAUCAUUGGGGAAAUGGCGUCGACUGCUGUGAUCCUCACGUGCAUUCACGUAGUUUCUUGGACCCUUAGUACGUCAGCCUCCUCCAGCCUACAAUUCGACCACGAGGCCUUCACGGUCAGAAGACUCCGACAACUAACACAGCAGAUACCCACAGAAAACAUUCUGCAGCUGGCUACUUCUCUUGGAGAGACAGAGUUGGUGACAUACUUGAAUAGAACUGGUCUGGCAACGUCUGUCAGUGAUAGCGCUUUGGUAACUGUGUUCGGACCAACCAAUGCCGCCUUCGACACAGCGUCGGUGGCCGUCCGCAGCAUGUUGGUCCACAGUCCGGCCACAGCGCACGCCAUCAUGGCGUACCACAUUGUGGACGGUCGCUUCCAGUCGUCAGACUUCGUCAACGAGCAGCUGCUCAAAACAAAGCUCGGCCUCAACGUCCGCAUCAACGUCUACCCGUCCACCAACGUCAUCACAGCAUCUGGAAGGCCAAUACAAGUGGCAGAUAAGGCGGCUACAAAUGGAAUUUUGCAUGAGCUGUCAGCCGUGAUGUUACCACCAGGUGGCGCUAUACCCAAGGUACUCUCAGAAGUUCCGGACUUGAGCAUCCUGCUCAGUGUCGUCAAAGCUGCUGGAAUGACAGACCAGCUCUCUGCCGUGGGGCCGUUCACCUUGUUUGCGCCAACCAACCAUGCGUUCCAUUCUUUACCUGCUGGCGAGCUGAGCCAGCUUUUUAAGAACACCACACGUCUUCGAGAGGUUCUUAGCCACCACAUUGCCAAGGGAACCACUUACAGUGCCGGACUGCAGCCACAAAUGACGAUUCCUGUGCUGAACGGAGCUUUGAGUCUUGUCAAUGAAGGGUCUAUGGUGAACAUAAACAAUGCCUCCAGCAUCAUCUUCGCAGACCUGAACGCCAGUAACGGAGUUAUUCACCUUAUCGACUCUGUACUGUUUCUUACCCAGUAGCCAUGAAUGGUGCUCUUGGGAACUAGGAAACAUCAGAUGAUGUUAACGCCAAUUACAUGAUGACUACUGAGUGGAAAACAUCGUGAAAAAGACCAGACAAUCGCAAUAAAUGAGAAAACAUUCA